AUGACUGCCGAAGCAAAUAUGUGGAAUAACAAAACAAGCCAAUAUGAGCGAGUUCUUAUAUUUUUUGAUACUGGUGCACAGAGAACCAUAAUAAACGAACGUACAGCAGAGGAAUUUGGACUCCCAAAGCAAAAAACGGAAAUAUGCACCAUGUCUGGCAUUGGUGGCCAUACUGAGAAAUUUAAAACGUUCUUUGUUCCAUUGAAAAUCUCUACUGUUUUUGGAAAAGAGAUUCAUCUAACGGUUCAAACAAAACCCGUGAUAACUAACGGUUUUCGUUUUCUUUUAGAACAAGAUAAGCAGUUUCUUCAAAAUAACGAUAUUUGUUUGUCCAAUCCAAGAUUGAGAGGUGAACACCAAAACCUCCAAAUUCUAAUUGGAUUAGAUUACUACUACGAAUUUGUUAUGAGUAGCACUAGAACAAGACUACCGUCAGGACUAUAUGUUGCCAGAACAUUAGUAGGUCCAACUCUUCAUGGUCGCAGUACAAGUGCGGUAAAUGUAACUAGCGAAGAGAUUACCCAUAUUCUUACGCUCGUUCAGCAGCCAAGUGAAGCAGAUAUACUUCAGAAGAUUUUCGAAUUGGAAGGAUUAGGAAUUUCCAGCAAUGAAUUUUCAAAUGACGAAAAAACAUUUGAGUAUUUUGAAAAGUACUCGAGAACUAUAUCAUUUAAGAACAGUUUUGUAACUGCACCCUUUCCUCUUAAGGACAACGCAAUCGAUAUAUCCGAUAAUUACGCGAUGGCAUACCGUAGGCUCGAGUUCUUACAGAGACAGCUGGUCACCAACAAAGAGCAAAGGUCGUGGUACAGCAAAAUAUUCAAUGAUUACCUCAAAGAUUCCAUAAUCGAAGAGGUACAUGAACCAGUCAAAAACGCGGCUGACACCUAUUAUAUGCCACACUCCGGAGUGUGGAAACCUUCAAAAACGAAACCUCUCAGAAUCGUAUUUGAUGCAUCCUCGAAACAAAGAGGUAAACUAUCAUUAAAUGAUGUAAUUCACACCGGUGAAUCUUUCGUUAAUAAAAUUCAUGAUAUCCUUAUUCGCAGUCGAAUUAGCAAGUUUAUAUUAACGUGCGAUAUCGAAGCUGCAUUCACUCAGAUCAGAAUCGUAAACAAUCACAAAGACCUUUGUCGUUUUCUGUGGGUCAAAGACAUCAGUCGCAUGCCGACAAAGGACAACAUAGUUGUUUACAGAUUUAACCGUUUGCCAUUCGGCGUUACCGCAUCUCCGAGCAUAUUGAAUAUAGCAAUUCUUGCUUACUUAUGUGCAAAGAAUACCCCACUUUCACAUGAAAUAGCAAGAAACAUUUAUGUCGAUAAUAUUUUAUUGACAACUGCAGCUGAGCAGGAAGCUUUGAAGAAGUAUGUCGAAUCAAAAAAUAUUUUCAAGGAAAUUGGUAUGAACCUACGAGAAUACGUAUCAAAUUCUCAGAUAAUAAAUGAAGGAAUCCAUGAGAAAGACAGAUCACCUUCUGGUGAUAUCAAAUUCUUAGGUGUUAAAUAUAACACAGAAACUGAUCAGUUUAACGUGAAAGUAAAUAUUCCGUCGAAAACAUCAUUUACUAAGCGAGAUGUGGUUAGUAUAAUAAAUUCUGUCUACGAUCCUAUAGGUGUAACCGCGCUAUGGUUUAUCAAAAUGAAAUCGAUAAUGCGAAAAAUCUAUGACAUUCGAAUUAAGUGGAAUGACUAUGUUAAUCCAGUAAUGACUAGUAGAUGGAACACCAUCUGCAAAGAGAUUAAUGGUGCAAGUAUCAGCAUUCCCAGGUCAAUUCUCACAGAAGUGCGAAAUCUUCACACUUCAAAAACAGAUUUAUGGAUAUCUUGUGAUGCAAGCAAUCUUGCUAUAUCAAGUUGCGCCUUCCUGCGGCACAAUGACACUAACGAGGUCACGCAAUUGAUUAGCGGAAAGUCAAAGUUGACUCCCAAAAAAUGCCGGCAAACAACUCCAAGGUUAAAAUUGCUUGGAAUAGUUAUUGGAAUGAGAUUGGGAAAGAGUGUCUUAGAAAAUCUUGAUCACAAUAUAGAUCACUUCAAUCUUGUCACUGAUAGUGAAAUUGCUCUACAAUGGAUUAAUUCCUCUCGAAAACUUCCAGCUUUCAUAAUCAAUCAGAAAGACCGAAUUGAAAAAAUUAAAUCUCAGGUUGGGAGCAAAGGCAUUUCCGUAAACUUUUUCCAUGUUCCAACACACAACAAUCCAGCAGAUGCAGGGACGCGAGGUCUUACAUCAUCUCAACUCGACUCACACAUCUGGGUGAAAGGGCCGCAAUGGCUGGCUCUAGAGCCAUCUAGCUCUAAACUACGCUCUAUCGAUACUUUGAAUGGAAAAGAAAUUAUGGAAGAAAUGGAAACAUUUGAAAAUCCCCAUGUUGAAGAGUCUGAGAGUAAUAAUGAUAAUGCGAACUCAAUGUGCGUAGAUCUAUCGAGAUUUUCACGCUUUAAGACAGCGUUACGAACUGUAUCUAGAGUUGCGAAAGUGCUGCACAAAUGGAUCAAUCGAUGUAAUACUACUAGAUUGACAUCAACUGCAAUAUCUACAGUGUCGCGCUUUGACCCGGACUCGCUAAUUGAUUGCGAAGAGAUGCGCUUAAAUACAAAAAUGCCUAUUUAUAUCGAUAAUGACUCUGACCUUGCUAGACUCAUUAUUAUAGACUUGCAUUGCAACAAUGCUCACUGUGGCAAAGAUCACAUACUGUCUCUGGCUAGACAAAAAUAUUGGAUUCCGCAGCCAUCAAGAGCAAUUAAGAAGUACAUAAAAGAUUGUACUAUUUGUAAGAGAUGCCAAGGUAGAUGGCCUUUUGGAGCUCCAGAGAUACCACCACUACCAUCAGAUAGAGUGACAAUAAGCAAACCAAUUCAAAACGUAGGAUGCGAUUUUAUGGGAUCAUUUCUAUCCAACAGGAAUGAAAGGAUGUAUAUAUGUCUCUACACCUGUCUUGCAAUCAGAGCAAUCCAUUUAGAAGUGGUAGAAAGCCUCACUAUAAGGGCGUUUCUCAAUAGUUUUAUUCGAUUUGUAUCGCGUAGAGGUGUACCCCUUUUAAUGAGAACAGACUGUGGAUCAAAUUCCAAACUUGGUCAGAAAAUAAUCGAAAAGUUGUUCGAAAGUGAUGAAACAACAGAGAAUCCAAUAAUGAAUUACUGUGCUUCGGAAGGCAUUAAAUGGAUUUUUAACCCACCAGCAUCUCCAUGGAUGGGUGGUGUAUGGAAGAGGCUUGUUGGAUCUGUGAAAAGAAGUUUUCAAAAGUCAGUUGGAAGAAAGAAACUGUCAUUUGAACAGAUGGCUACUGUACUCACUCGUAUAGAGGCAAUUAUAAAUACACGUCCACUCACAAAACUCACAGCAACUGAUCUCUCUGAAAUUCCACUCAGACCUAUUGAUUUUCUGCAAGGAAAUUUCAAAUUCUCAAUUCUAAACUCUGAAAUGUCCAACUUCAGAAACGAUCCCACAUUUGAGCCAGAGUUGAUACAGGCAGCUGCUCAAGCUUACGAAGCGCUUGCAUCUUCAGAAAACUUUGCAACAAAGUUCUGGGAGAAAUGGAACACUGAAUAUCUUACUAUUUUACGUGACAGCCAUAGAUGUCAAUUGAAUCAGAAACGUCAUAGACCAGUUAAUGAAAUAUACCCUCUAGAGAUUCGUUCAGAGCCUGACAACCAACAAUCAAUUGAACGAAGCUCUGAGAUCAUGGAUAAUGAUAUUCAUAUCCCAACAACAACCCAAUCUAGAAAUCAUCUAGCCAGAAUCUCCAAAUCUCGCGCUUUAGACGUCAUUCGAGAAUUCGAAACAGACCUCGACAGAUCGAUGACCCCUACGUCUGCUCGAUCAACAGUAUCCUGCCUAAUAACGGCAAUGUUAUCGUUAUUUCUAAUCAACCCUAUUGAUGCGCAACCAAACAACAGUAUUAUUUGUAAUGAAGAUAUCACGUUUAUAAUACCUCCUAGAGGACAAUUCGAAUUGUGCUUUGAUCAUGAAUGCAAGUCAUUCAAAAAUGUUACGGAAGAAAUUAGGUAUACUCUUCCUGUUCCACCAUUGGACAAUCCUGUAACGGUAGAAAUACGUUUCUACUUGAGAAACGAAGUAAUAGCAAUGAUCGAAAAAUGUGAGCGUCACGAAUUUUGCGCGGCAUCUUCAACAAUCUUGAGUAAAGCACUCUUAGAAAAUCCACAUUGUUGGCCAUUUGGCGCCAUUCUUACUGUAUUCAUAAUCUUGUACUCUAUUCUCGUAACAAUGAUUGGUAUGGCAUGGUCCAUACGCAAAUGCCGAAAACAAAGGCAGAGAAGAACUAAUGUACAAGUUGAGUGCGAACUGAAAUUAGAUAUGGCCUCAAAGUAUCCAGGAUACAUUGCAUGUGAAGAAACAUGCGGCGGUACUGUCUGCGGAUGUCUUCUCCCGAUGCCAGUAUGCUCAUUCUUGCGUCUGGCACAAGUACCAAGUAAGCAAAGAAUGGACUCUCCACCUACUGAACCUCGUGCGUCAAUACCCACUACUGCGGAAGCUACUUUAAAGAGAGCUGUUGUUCGACGUUGGGUGAUUGCACAUCUCGUUCGACUUGAGGGCAAGGCCCAAGGCACUAGCACAGUGCGAUCGAGACGAUAG